ACAGUUGAUAUCUGGUUUGCAUUUAUUUCAACAACAACAACAAUGUCAGGUACCAUGACAACAGACAACAACAUGCUCACUGUCAGUGAGCUCCUAGAGACUGGUUUCAUCAAAUGUACCAUCUGUAAAUCAGUCUAUGAAGAUCCCAGACUGCUUCCCUGUCUACACACAUUCUGUCACAAGUGCAUUCAAAAAAUCAUUGAAAUUGAGAACCAGACUAGAAAUCUGAACCAAUCAGAGGCAGCCAAUGGAACUGAUGAUGAUAAUGAGGCCAAAGACCUAAAGAAAACUGAAAAUAGGCAAAAAAUUAUAUGCCCAGUCUGCAAAUCACCUAUGGAAGUCAGCAUCAAAGAUAAAAAAUCGAAUGGCUUUCCAUCAAAUACAUUUAUGAAGGAUUUAAGUGACAUGUACGAUUAUAAACAUGAAAAGGAGAGGCAUUGUGAAUACUGUAAAUUUGAUGGUAAAACAACACCAGCAAGUUCUCUAUGUCUAGAUUGCCAUGACAACAUGUGUCAAGGUUGUACAGGCGCUCAUUUUAGAACCAAGGUCACCAGAUGUCACAAGGUCAUUCCAUAUGCUCAUGUUCAGAAAGGUCUUUACGAUUCUGACAUACGGGACUUCCAGACCCCUAUGUGUGUCCAACAUACUGAUGAACCAAUGAAUAUCUUCUGCGAGAAAUGCGAACUUCUGAUUUGUAAAGAAUGCAAAGUUGGUAACCAUGACGAUCAUAAAUGGUCGAAGGCCGACAAGGCUGUUCUAAAAUAUGAGGUCCAGAUGAUAAACCUACUUAAAGGUAUACAACAACAGAUCCCUUCUAUACAUAAGUACAUGCAAUUUCUGACCAAUUACGAAAAGUCUAUUGAAGGUGGUAGGGAGAAGCUGACAAAUAACAUCAAGAAGCAGGCGGAGAUUUUACACGACAUGAUAGAAGAACAGAAGGCAAGCUGUCUGGAAGCUGUGAACAAGGCUUGUGACACAGAAAGAUGUGAGGUCCAGGUAAGAAGUUCGAACCUUCACACAGCAGUAACCUCCUUGGAAAACAACGAAGAGUACCUUCGGAAUCUACUGAAACACGGCAAACCUGAGGAACUGCUGACACUACACAGGGAGAUCACACAGCGACUUACACAACUUACACAUAUGCAGAUGGACGGAAUAAACGCUAGACUGAAGACGGACUUUAUUCCUGGAAGUUCGACACUGCGAAAUAUUCAGACCAUAUUUGGGAAACUCUCUAUCGAUCACGUUCCUCUCAAACAUUCUGAGAGUGGUCUUGCUGCAGACAGUGCUCUACAGAUUUCUAACAUGCUACCAAAUGUUCGUAACACGCCAGAACUAAUUAUAGAAUUUAAUGGAGAAGGUAUGUCUGACAGUAAAGAGGUAUGGCCAACUGGUGUAGCAGUUACUAAGGAUGAUAAUCUUGUAAUUGUUGACAGAGACAAUAAGAAAGUUAAAAUAUAUGAAAGAAACGGAAAGUUGAAACAAGAAAUCCAAGGAAAGGGAGAAAAUAAACUAGAAACACCAUUUGAUGUUACGGUUCUGAAAUCUGGGGAUAUAGCAGUAUCUGACCACGAAGCUGAAAAUGUGAAGCUAUUCAAAGUAACUGGGGAGCAUAUAUUAACAAUUACAGACGGAAUCAAAUAUCCAAGAGGAAUAACUACAAACUCAAAGGGAGAAGUUAUUAUUUUAGACUGUCAAUUGCGACAGGUUACGAUUCAUGAUCCCAAAAGUGGCCAUCUGCUGAAAACCAUCGAAUGUAAGGAUGCCAAGGAUAUUAAAGUACUCGUUGACCCCUACUAUGUUGGUGUAACGGCUCAAGAUAACAUUAUAAUAACAGACACUGCCUCGCCAAAUAUCAAAGUGUUUAGUCCAGACGGAAAGUAUCUGGCUAAUUACGGACACUACGGUAUGAGAAACGAUGAGGUUCUACAACCAUAUGGUGUCUGCUGCGAUCAUUAUGGUUACAUAUUCGUGGCCGACAACCAAAAUCACCGAGUACAUCUACUACUGCCCGAUGGUAAACUCUCCAAGUUCCUUCUCACCAAAGCAGAUUCACUAUGGCACCCAAUGGGUUUAGCUUUGACAGAAAAUGGAUAUCUUGUUGUAACUGAGGCAUUAGGAAAAGUGAAAAUAUACAAAUAUAUAUAAAUCACUUACAUGACAACUUAUAUUGAACCGUUACAUUGAAUGUGGAAUGGCUUAUCCAAUACAUGUAUUAGGAAAAGUAAAGAUAUACAAAUAUAUAUAAAUCAUUACCUGACAAAAUUAUUAUAUAGAACUGUGAGGAAUGACUUAUCCAAUAUUAUAAAAAAGUGAAAAAUAUACAAAGAUAUAUAAAUCAAUGCUCUUCAACUAACAAUGAACAGCUACACAAAAGGGAAAUGACUUAUCUGAUUAAAGAAAAAAUAAUAAUAUACAAAUCAGUAUAAUCCGGAUCAUCACCUGACAAGUUAUUGAAAUUAUGAACACUGAAGUGGGCAAUGACUUAUCCAAUCCAAUAUGAUGGAAAUGGUGCAUUUUGUGAGUUUGCAAAAUAAUUGGAAACUGUUUGUUCUGACAUUUAAACUGUUUAACUGAUCAUGAU